AUGCCUUCUAUGCCCGAUCCCGAUUAUCGGGGUAAACCCUACAGCAUGCCUCCUCUGCACAACAUGGAGUCGGCAUCAGAUCUGGCCGAGAGUGUAUAUGACACUGCUAGUUCUACCAAUAGUAGACUUGACCUUCGCGCCGAUCUUGUUUUGAAGGUAGUAUUCUUCCCCGUGAAUGUUGUUCAACCCCUAACAGCUCCACAGCCACCUCGAGACCAUCUAGAGGUAGUUCAUAAUCCACAAUCUGGCCCCGGCCGGUCAAUGUCUUUUCGAUCAAUGUCCAGGACGCCGAGUUCAAAGUAUAGAGACGCCGAACUUAUCUGCCAAAAAGUUCCCACUGCAGAAUAUGGUGCUACUAUUGACCAGGUCCUCGCUUCCAAUGGCACGGAACAAAUACGGGAAAGCAACGCGACCGCAAACGCCAAGGAUGAUGACCAUCGCUCAAUCAGUUCGGAAAUUUGCGUCUCGCCCUCAUGGUCUCGAGCCGCGAUGAAGAAGCGUGAAAAGCGGGAACAGAAAAGAAAAUCAGAUAUGGAACAAAGGGAGCUCAAGCAGAAAUUGAAGCAGGUGGCCAAACAAAAACCCACAUCUGACUCACGAGAACCUCGAAGACUACAAAAGCGUGCUCCUCCAGCUUCAAGUAGAGCAUCUAGUGCCCAUAGCACGUUCCAACGGUUAUCCACAGCGUCGUCUCUCAUAUCUUCAUGGUCUAGAAGAACAUCGAGGGCAAACUCUGUUAACGAAGAGAAUGAAGAGGAAACCACCCAAAAGAAACGCCGUAGGUUCUCUUUUGGUGGCGAGAGGAAGUUAAAAUUACCCAAUGUCUGGCCUCGAAAGUCUUCAAAACCCCCAAAAUCUUCCACGGAACUGCCUCGCAAUGCCCACUCCGAACCAUUUCUUGACUCGCCCAGUCGGUCCCUCCAUACUGUCAAAAAGCAUUUUGAUUUACGAGCGAGCGCAAAUGCCUUUGGUAUUACGGAUGAUAGCGCUCAGCAGAGCCAAUUGCCGCAAAAUAAUGAUCGGACCUUACAGAGAGACAGCAUCGAAAGAACAACUCCGACCCGAGCUACCGCCAUCCCAGAGGUACGAUUCCCGUUGUAUAAUCCUGAUGAAGGGAGAUCGCAGAGAAAUCUUCUUCGUGAUGACGAUCAAGACCGCUCGUCCUUAGGCUCUCGGGCCGUCACCGGAGCGAACCCUAAACGCCCUAUGAACGAGCCUGGUAGGGCCAUUGGGAAGUCGGCCCGAAAAAAAGAUACCAGCGACUCUGAAUUGGCCCAGCCAACAAUGCUAAGCACCGGGCCAGCAAACGCACGCCCCACCCAGCAUUUUUCACCCGGGCAUACCUUAAGUAGUAGUAAAACGCCACCAACGACUUCAAAGUCGCGCCCCAAAGAAACGGCAGUCCUCGGCACUCCAUCAAAGACUCAACCAAACGGUGAUUCUCCCAAAGUAAUGGCAUCAAACGACCUCGGGAAUGGCCUUGACAACAUCGCCUUCGCAGCAGACACCCAGCCUCAUGAUAGCACGCAUUAUGAUGUGGGUAUCGCCUCUCCUAGCGUAUCUAAGCCUCAGGCUAUGCGAGCGUCGUCCAGCUCUUCCAAAGAUACUGAUUUCCACUCAUCUCCCCUCUCUGGUCCCCCAAUUCUUAUGAAAAGGGAUGAAAAUUCUCGAAUAGUUUCCGCAGAAAGUGGAAAUGUGCAGCACGCAAAGGAGCCUAUCCGGCGGGCGCGUCGCAAUUCGUUCCAGCAGUAUCUUGAUGCCAAGGGACUCUCUGUUCCCCGUCUUCUGGGUCAAAAGAAAAAAGAAAGUAACAAUGACACCGAUCCGGUGGUUAUGAAGGAGAGCGUUAUUUCCAACGCACAACAACGAUCGGCUCCUGUGCCAUCAACAUCUGAUGCUGCAGCCGCGUUGAGUACUCAAACGAGCAGAAGUAAUACCUCUGACAAAACCAGCAGCCCCAAUACCUUACCGUCGUCAGCAUCUUCGGAACUCGCUAAUUCUCCGCCACCAAAAAGAAAUUCUAGCGAACUUUUGCAAAAGUUACGAGCCAGUAGUGGCCCUAGGGAAAAACUGCGCAAACGAGCAACUGUAGAAGCUGACUCUAAGCUGGACAAACAUAUUCCACAGUUAACAACACCAAUACCAUCUCCAGAUAUUCAGUCGAUUCGCCUAUCGGCUAAUACAGGGAAGAAGUUAGCAAAUGAAGCAGAGCAGCAGUUGGGCAUUAGUAUCAGUGAUGAGGCCCUGGAGCAAAUGCGGACUCACCAGACUGUAACGGACCAGGAACUCGCAGAUGCUGCUGUGGAAGAAAAGAAGAGGCGUCAUGACGUGAUGGCCCAUGUUCAUGUCUAUGGGCAAACCUGCCCGGCUGCUGCUCCAAUUAUUCAUCUCGGCGCAACAUCUUGCUAUGUCACGGAUAACGCAGAUUUGAUUAUUCUGACUGAGGGGCUGGAAAUUCUCUCAAGCAAACUAGCUACAGUUAUUGCUAGACUGUCACAGUUCGCGAAGCAGUAUAAAGACUUGCCGUGCUUGGCUUAUACCCAUGGACAACCGGCGCAACUUACUACAGUUGGAAAAAGAACGUGUCUCUUUAUUACAGAUUUGUUGAUGGACCUCCAAAAUUUCGAACACGCAAAGAAAUCACUUCUGUCGUGGUUUCGAGGCUGCAAAGGCACAACUGGAACACAGGCCUCAUUCUUGCAAAUCUUCCAUGGAGACCAUGAGCUUGUUGAGCGCUUGGAUAAACUAGUCACGGAAAAAGCGGGCUUCAAUAAAGCAUUCACUAUCACCUCCCAAACCUAUACUAGGAAGGUUGAUACCAAUAUUAUCAACUAUCUUGGGGAAUUUGGUGCUACUUGUGAGCGUAUCGGUGGCGAUAUUCGUCGUUUAGCAGCUAUGAAAGAAAUGGAAGAGCCAUUUGAAAAGGAUCAGAUUGGAUCAUCCGCUAUGGCUUACAAGAGGCAAGUUGGGAUGAAACAAAACCCGAUGCGUUCUGAAAGGCUCUGCUCUCUUGGGCGCCAUUUACAGUGUUUGACACAAAAUGGCCUUACCAACUAUGCUGCCCAGUGGUUUGAACGCAGCUUAGAUGAUUCCGCAAAUCGUCGUAUCACCCUCCCUGAAGCAUUCCUUACUGCAGAUGCCUGUUUGAUUCUAUUGGACAACAUUUCCAAUGGCCUAGUUGUGUAUGAAAAGGUUAUUGCUUCGCGUAUUGCGGCCGAACUUCCCUUUAUGGCAACCGAGAAUAUCAUUAUGGCAUUGGCGCGUCAUGGCAUCAGUCGCCAGGAGAGUCAUGAAGAGAUCAGAGUGCUUUCUCACCAGGCAGCAGCAGUAGUGAAGAAUGAAGGCGGGCAGAAUGAUUUGAUCGAUCGAAUCAAGCGUACUCCAUUCUUCAACCCUAUUCUCGGGGAACUAAGUGAGCUCUUAGAUCCAAGCAGUUUUAUCGGAAGAGCUCCGCAGCAAGUUGAAAAAUUUAUCUCUGAGGAAGUUGAUGUCGCCCUGCAGCCAUAUAAAGUUGAUCUACUAAACACUGCUGCGGCAGAACUUAAGGUCUAA